AUGGCACGUUCAAGAGGAUCGAGACCUAUGUCGAGAGGCAGCAGCAGACCAAUCUCUAGAUCGACUGGUGGGCCAACACAACAAACGCGUUCAGCCUCUACAGCUGCAGCUCCAACCAAUUAUCAACAGCAACCUAAUGCAUACUCACAUCCUCAGGCGGCGGUGCCAACCUCACAGGGUCCAGGAUUAUUUGGUCAGAUGGCAUCAACAGCAGCCGGUGUGGCUGUGGGGAGUUCUAUCGGGCAUGCCGUAGGUGGCUUACUAUUUGGAGGGGGUGGAUCAAGGACUGCUGAUGUAGAUCAACCACAGCAACAAGAUGUAACACCCCAAGCGACUGCCUCAACUUUACAGCAAGAGCAAGGGAGAAGUUGUGACGGAGCUGCCAAAAGUUUUACUAAAUGUUUAGACGAUAACGAUGGUAACUUCCAAAUAUGUGACUAUUACUUGCAACAGUUAAAAGCCUGUCAAGAAGCAGCUCGUCAAUAUUAG